UCAAUAUAACCUUUAAGUAAAAGUUAUGAGUACUUCUUCCACCACUGGCUAUUUCUAAAACGCCAGUCACAAGAAUGUUGCUCUCCGAGGCUUUUAAUUUGACAGGUUGCGGCGGAAGUUCUGUGUUUACGCUGGCUGGCUUGACACGGUGGCUUUAAAAGGGAAUGCCCUCUCUGUGCUGCUCGGGGAGUCUUCUUUAAAAAAAUCUUGCCGCGUCACUGGGAUGCGGUCGCCGGAGCCGGGCACCUCGCCUACUAUCCCCGCUUGUGUGCCCUCCGCCGGCAGCUUAACCACAUCAAAUCACAUGAAUUCCUCUGGAGUCUGCAGAGAUGGCAGUUACUGCUACGCUGCUAAGAGAGGGACCACUCACCAUUUCCUUCACACACCAAAGAUGACAGCUCCAUCAAACCUAACCAAUUCAGCGCCACAGCAACAGCGCUUUUUGGUGUUGUUCGACUUUGAUGAGACCAUCAUCAAUGAGAACAGUGAUGAUGCUGUGGUGCGUGCUCUGCCUGGCCAACAGCUUCCUGACUGGCUGAAAAACAGCUACAGGGAGGGGCACUACAACGAGCACAUGCAGAAGGUCUUGGCUUAUGUGGCGGAGCAGGGCGUGUCUGAGGACUCCAUCUAUUCAGUGGUGGAGAAGAUCCCACCGACACCUGGCCUCCUGAACCUCCUGCAGUAUCUGCAGAGCCACCAGCAGGACUUUGAGCUGGCGGUGGUCUCCGACGCCAACAUGUACUUCAUCGAGACGUGGCUGGACCGUGCUGGGGUGCGUCACCUUUUCCGGAAGAUUUUCACAAACCCGGCCAGUUUUGAUGCGACUGGCCGGCUUGUGCUGCUCCCUUUCCACUCCCACUCGUGCUCCCGUUGUCCUGAAAACAUGUGCAAGCAGGUGAUCCUUCGGGAGUAUCUGGCGGCCCGGCGAAAGGAGCGUGGCGGUGCUCCCUUCCAGAAGGUAUUCUAUAUCGGUGAUGGGGCCAAUGAUAUCUGUCCCUCUCUGGCCCUCGGGCCCCGGGACGCAGCUUUCCCCAGGAGGGACUUCCCCAUGCACAGGCUGCUGCUCGAGAUGCAAGAGUCCCAGGCAGCCAAGUUCAAGGCAAACGUAGUUCCUUGGGUCAGCGGCGAGGACAUAGUGGACUGCCUGAAGAAAAUAAUGGAAGAGAGAUGAGAUCAGCGUGUGUGUGUUUCAUAUUCUUAUAUCGCAGUGGGGACUUUAACCUAAAUGCACACUAACCCAUGGGGACUGCCUUUUGAGGGUUAAGACUUGGUUUUAGGGUACAGAUUACAAUUAGGUUAGGGUUAGGGUAAGGGUUAAGGUUUGGCAUUUAGGUGUGAUGGUUAAGGUUAGUGUCAGUGACAGUGCCCCACGAGGACGUGGACGGGGGGGGGGGGCAGCAGGAUAUGCAUGAUUUUACCCCAGCCACACUGUUUUUCCUGAAUCAACAUUUAUGGAAAUGCGCUUAAUCACUUUCUAAUGUAGCUGGAGCCAGCAGCCGGUUAGCUUAGCUUAGCAUAAAGACUGAAAACAGGGGGAGACAGCUUGCCUUGCUCUGUCCAAAGGUAACAAAAUCUGCCUGCCAUCAAUUUUAAAGUUCACUAAUUAACACGUUAUAUCUCCUUUGUUUAAUCCGUACAAAAAACGAGUAUAAAAACGACAAGUUGUGGUUUUAUUGGUGGAUGCCGGACUAUUUCUUGGCCGGGAGCAGUUGCCAGGUAACCAGUGGGGACUCCAGAAGUCACUGCACCCAGCUAAGAAAUAGUCCAUCACAUAAUUCACCAUAAAACAGUAAAUUGUCAUUUUAUUAUUAUUAUCUUAGUUUUUUUUGUAUUUUUAAAGAAAUGAGAUAUAAUAUGUUAAUUUGUGAGUUUUAGCGGUGAUGAAAGGUGGAUUUUUACCUUUGGACAGAGCCAGGCUAGCUGUUUCCCCUUGUUUCCAGUCUUAAUGCUAAGGUAAGAUAUUCAGCAGCAUAUUUACUGUACAGAUGAGAGUGUGGUAUCAGCCUUCUCAUCUAACUCUCGGCAAGAAAGGAAAUAAGUGUAUUUCCCAAAUUGUCAAUCUAUUCUUUUAAUGCUGGCCUGGUAUAAACGCCUAUUGCCAUCUUAAUUGAUAAGUUUUAAGUGUGUAUGCAGUAUUAGAACUUUGGAAUGCAAAUAAACAAGCUCACUGGUCAAGAUUAUCAUGAUCAGUAAUGGAGAUAUGCAGUAUUGAUGAUGCACUAAGUUCUGGUUUUCGAGUCUGAUCAAAAUGCUGAAGAUCUUAACCAAAGUUGUGUCUAGUGUGCUCUGGAGUGAACAAAAUCCAAUGCAGUCGGCUCUAUUUAACACACCAUCCUCUUCAAUAUGAAUGUAAUUUACAUUUGAAUAUCUCAGUGUAUCUGAUAUUUUUGAGCAACCUUAGCUGUGACAUUUUGUGUCACAUUUACUGUAAGAAUGUAGAGAUUUUCGUGAUCAACAUCUUACCUUUGGGGGUGACUGUGUUGACAGGCUUCUUUUUAAAACCCUUAACACUGCACUCAAGACCUCGACGAUGGACACAGAAGUAGGAUCGGGUGUUAUAGCACUACUUGGGACAAAAGACCACACAUGUCGUAUCAGGCAGGGACAAGGACGGAGUAGAACAGGGAUAAGGUGACAGAGACUCUUUCACAGUACCUGUGCUCUCCCCGCCACUCAUUACUGAUACCUAAUCUAGGGCUUGAUUAUACAAUGGUAAUCUACACCAGCAUGAGAUCCAAAGGGUAGUGGCUGUAGCCACACGCCUGCACUUUGGCCCAUCAUUAUACCCUGUGACUCUGAAACAAUGAAAGAAAGUGUAAUGCAAAUUACCAAUUCAAGAUUAUAAAUUCUAUAUGUGUAGACAUUAGCUAACACUCACUGUACUUGUAAAACUCCCUGUGAAUAUUAGUAUUGAUAAAAGGCUAUCUGUUUAGGUUGAGGAGGAUUUAUAUUCUCUGAAAAGUCCAAUACCUGCUUUAUGUUUGAAUGUAAUCCCAGUUCACUACAUUGGUGUGAGUGAAUGAUGAUGAGGGUUUUCAGCCUCUUUAGUAUAUUUGCAUAAUUAACUCAACAUGUAACCUCAUUUUGCCUCACUAAAUUCAUGACAGGGACAGAAAAAUAUAUUUAAAAGGGACAUUAAUAUUCUGUUUGAAUUCAGGAAAUCGUAAAAUAUUAUGUAAGUAUGUAUUAAGUGAAAACUUGUUGUUUUUAUAUCCUGUUUACAAUAAGAUGUCUAAAUUCUGUUAGUAAUGGGGCAUGUAUACGGUACAUUUGUUGAUUUUUGCAGACUAUAGUAUACACACAAGUAAACACUCACUGAUAUUGGUGCUGUCUAGUAACUUUAGGCCAGAGGUAGUAUGAAUAAUUGAGUGUAUAUCUUCAUUAAUUUUGUACUUUAGAUAUUUCAAAUAAUUCAUUCAUAUCCAUAUACUGUACAUCUUGUUCAAGCCAUUAGAGUUGACAGUAAGAAAGUAUGGGUGCUGAUGAAAAGCACUAAAAACAGAUAAGUAAUACGUUUGUUAAUUGAUUAAAUACUUCUAGCCUUAAAAAACAAGAUUAUGCUAUAGAACUGCUGGAAAUUUCCUUUAACCAGUGUUUGAGUUUCUCAGGGAGUAGAGAAGAAAGUGUUAACAAGCAAACAUAAUAAUAUAUGUUUAUAAAAAUGUGCACUUUCUGAUUUGCUGCUCUAAGAACAAAAGGUUAAUCUGUCAUUAGAAAAGUAUAGAUUUUUAUGAGGCGUUAUCAGCGCAGCUGGAGUUUGAUCCUGAAAUCCUUCAAGAUCAAAACCUAAUCCAUUGAUGCAUUGUGAUUAUCAGAAUCAGAAUCAGAUCAAAAUCAGAAAUACUUUAUUGAUCCCCGAGGGGAAACUCUUUUAGUUUUUAGGAGACGUUCUGUGAGCUUUAUUCCUUCUGAUGCUAGAGGUAAAGGUAUUUUAAUUUACUUUAACUGUCUGUGUACCUGUAAAACUUCCACAGAGUUUUGUGCAAUAAUUAAAUGCUGUAUACUUGAUAUGAUAUAAAAGAGAUUUAGGGUUAAAUAGAAUGAAAAACUUGACAUUUUACAUUUUCAGGGAUGUAAAUUGACCCCAUAUCACCAGACUAAAGUGUUUCUAAUGAAACUUUAAAAUGGUAUUAUGGCUUCACAACAACCAAAUAAAAUUUGGUGGUGUUAGGACUCUGCUCGACUAAUAUGCUACUUUUUUUGUCAUUUGUUGUGGUUUGCUGUAUAUUGGGUGUGUGUGUGGGUUUUAAUCAAAAAUCUAAUUAUGUGUGUACUGCAUUAGUGUAACUGGAAUAUAAAGCCAUUAUCUGAUUAA